CUGCUGCUGCGGAAAGAUAAUGGCCCCCAUCGGUAGUAUUUAUCGUGCAAGUGCAACUUUAUCAGCUUCAUCUCAUGUAUUGCGAGGUUUAACAUCAGCCUUUUCACGUGUCACGAUAUCUCCUAGGCCUACUCUACUAUGUCUACCCAGUAAUUCAGUGUUUGACCAGCGUCGUCAUUAUGCUAUGCGACUAGAGCUUAAUGAACAUGGCAUUGUAUGGCGAAGACCUGAAUACAUUCCAUCUUGGACACCUCCAAAGUCUGGAGAUCUGCAACCAUAUGCAGAGCCCAACCCAUCAAGACCUCCUCUCAAGGUUUUACCAGCUAAAGAUGCCUUUGAAAAACUGGAUGAAGAAACAAAACGUUUCUUAUCACUGGAGCUCUCAACACGUGAAGAAACCCUGAAAAAUUGGACGACUGGAUGCGUUGAGGAAGGUACAGAAACACAAAUAUGAUACUGGUUCCAUGGAAGCUACAAUUACUAUGUUAACUUGCAAGAUUCGAAACUUACAAGAGGUACUUCUGAAGAAUAAGAAAGAUAAACCUGCACGGUGUCACUUAAUUGAAUUGAUUGCACGGGAGAAAGAAAUUAAUGAAGC